AUGGCCUCCAUUGGUGGGUUUAUUGGGAACGAGUUUGGAGAACUAGACAAAUAUGUCUGGUUCAUUCCUGCUCGGACAAUCUCCAUAACAAUCUGUUUCCUGCUCUGUGGAGCGAAUACGGAUCUGCUUGGCCGACGUUGGUUUCUUGUCAUCGGAAACUUUAUCUGUGUUGCCGGCCACCUUGUGACCGCCUCCUCCAAAAAUGCCAAUUCUGUUAUUGCCGGUAUGGCCAUCGCUGGGUUUGGUGGCGGAAAUUGUCAAGUAGCAUUUGCCCUGUCGGAACUGCUCCCCAACAAAUGGAGACAUAUUGGGGUGGUAAUUGCGGACUCUACAACUCUGAUGGCCGUCAUUCUCGCGCCUGUGACGGCUAGAUAUGGAUAUGAAACAGGCAGCUGGAAGUGGAACUUCUGGGCAGCAGCGAUUGCCCAGUUUGCGUCGUUCCUGGGCCUUCUUUUCCUCUACUACCUGCAGCACAUCCGUCAAUAUGGUAUACCGAUCAAGCAGAUGGUCAAGGAGGUCGAUUACGUCGGCGGUAUUCUUUUUGUGGCCGGAGCCCUCCCCGUGCUCAUGGGAAUCGUGUGGACCACGACAUAUCCGUCAAAUGACCCUCAUGUCAUUGCGCCCUUGAUCAUCGGCUUUUUCUUCAUCGUCUGCUUCGCCCUGUGGGAGAGGUUCUCAGACACCAAACACCCUCUCACUCCAACCUAUGUGUUCACUGCCUCACAUGGGAGGGAUUUGACUGCACCUCUGAUUGCCUUGGGCGUCGUGAACAUGUUCUACUACUCCAGCAGUAUCUUAUGGCCGACCAUGAUCAAUGUCUUCUACACGAACGGUGGCACUGACUGGAAAUACGGUAUCGUUCUUUCAGUAAUACAGGGACUUGCAAUUACCCUUGGUGCCUUGCUGUUGUCAGAAUUUGGAAGCAAGAUCAGAAAUUGGCAGUGGCAAUUGACAGGAUCUGUCUUUGUGAUGGUCGGUUUUGGCGGCCUGCUUGCACUGGCCACCCCUGAAAGGAAAGGGAUGAUGAUCGCAUUUGUCUUCAUGUCCCAGGUCGGCUAUGGCUAUGCCAUAUAUCUGGCCAUUGCUGUCAGUCAGAUGGGAGUGGACCACAAAGAUCUAGGCUUCAGUGGUGGGAUUGCUGGAGUUUCUCGCUUCGCUGCCGGACCAAUUGCGGCAGCCAUCUACCCAACUGUGCUGACCAACGUCACGAACGAAUGGACCAAGAAACUCGUCCAUACUGCCGCGAUUGCAGCCGGAUUACCUCGCUCAGGAGUUGACAAGCUGAUGACUCUGAUUGGCACUCCAGCGUUGGCAGCUACCUAUAGUAAAUCUAUUGUUGCUGCAGUUGGUGGAGCAGUCGAGCAGGCAUAUGUCCACAGGAUCAAGGUAACCGCGUAUACCUCUCUCGGUUUCGGCAUUGUCGGCUUCCUUGCAUGUCUGUGUUGCAAAGACGUUGACGCCAAGAUGAACAACAAGAUUGAGGUCUACCUGGAAAACGCCGAACUGGCGGACAGGAACAAAUAUCAUUAG